UUUUUCUCGAAUUUGCGCCAUCAUUUGAUUUCGCGCUUUGCCGUUGAUAGGAUCGCGGAUUUCGAGCAAAUUUUCGAUUUUAAAGUUCCCAAUUUAUUUAGAAACAUGGCCCCGACAUCGGCCAAAGUAAGUCCAGCCAAACGGCAGACCAAAUCUCAACGGUCCGGUCUUACCUUUCCUGUAGGUCGCGUAGCGAGCUUCCUGAAGAGGGGUAACUACGCCAACCGAAUUGGAACCGGUGCCAGUAUCUAUCUUGCCGCUACCCUCGAAUAUCUGGUGGCGGAAAUCCUAGAACUGUCCGGAAAUGCUGCCAGGGAUAACAAGAAAAGCCGCAUCAUUCCGCGCCACAUCCAGCUGGCCGUUCGAAAUGACGAAGAGUUGAGUGUGCUUCUGCGUGGGGUCAGCAUUUCCGAAGGCGGAGUGCUUCCUAACAUUCAAGCCGUUUUGCUGCCGAAGAAAACUGGUUCCGGUGCCAAGAAGUCGGCCGAAAACAUCGCCAGUCAGGACUAUUGAGCAGCAUUGAUUAACAGCGUUUUAUUACUUAUUAUUUUAAUUCUCUUAUUUUUAAGUCCUCUGAAUUCGACGUUAAUUAACAUUUCUUUUUAAAAGAUGUAAGUCCGUUUUGAUUAUUGUUGUAACAUGUAAGAUUAUUGAUAUUUGAAAUAGCAUAUCUGUACAAAUGUGCAGUCGAGCGAUGAACUUGUAAAACUGACGUACCUCUCUAAUAAACUUAAAAAUUAUUUUAAAA